CCAAUGCAGAAACAGCCCUCGCACCACGCGACGACAUUUCCUCCCUCCCUCUUCCCCCCACCAUCCCUCUUACCAUUUUAAACCCUAAACUCCUCCUCCCUCCCUCUCUCUCUAAGAUUCGCCUUCUUCUCUCUCUAGAUUUUUCAUCCAUCUAGAUCGCUUUCAGAUAUAUUGUAGAUGCAUUGUGAUUUGUGAGUUAGUUUCAUUGCGCAUUGGUUGAUGACUUGAAAAUAACUAGUAUGCUGCUGCAGCUUGUAUUUGCAGGGUGGUGUGAAGACGUUAUUUUGGGGAUGGAGGAUGGGAAAGAGCAAUGGGUGGAUGAGGGGUCUGAAAAAUCUUCCCCAGAGGAGGAGGAAGUUAUAAAGAAAAAGUAUGGUGGAAUCAUUCCAAAAAAACCACCGCUAAUUUCAAAGGACCAUGAACGCGCUUAUUUUGAUUCUGCUGACUGGGCACUUGGAAAGCAAGGUGUUGAAAAGCCAAAAGGACCACUUGAAGCCCUUCGGCCAAAGUUACAGCCCACACAGCAGCAAACACGAUACAGAAAGUCUCCUUGUGCUCCGGCAGAUGGUGAAGAUGAAGGAAGUCCCGCUUCUGAGGAUACAACUGCCAACGAAUGACGGAGCUUUUGGUGUUUUGAUCUUGUGAGAACCUCAGACUGUUAUUGUGAUACCUAAUAUUGUACUGGGUAAUAUUCUGUUCCUGACAACAAACUUGGUGAAGAUGAUGUGAUCAUAGCUAUAAAACAUGCAUUGCACCAACGUUACUCCCGUUGAAACUAAACCAUAACUUCUGGCGUUCCAAGUUUUGAUGCGGGACGUUAUUGCUUUUCUUAUUAACAUGGUUGUAUACAACUAGUGAUUUAAGGCAGAUUUCCUCUUUACAGAUA